AUGUCAGAUGAAAGAAUGGAUAAUGUUGAACAGGAAAUGUAUACUAGAAGUCGAGAAUUAGAAGAAACUGAAUCUGCUACACCUAGUGUGAAUCCGUUAAAUAAUCAAUCUCCUAACGUAGGGAGAGAAAGAAAUACCUCACAAGUGUUAAGAGAUAUAGCUGAUGCAUUACAGCAUAUAGUGAGAACUAUACCUACUACUACAUUUGUACCUACUGUCAGACAGGCCCCGAUUAAAGAGCUACGAAAAUAUGGUGCCACGGAAUUUCAGGGAUUAAAAGGAGCUGAUCUAUCCGUUGCUGAAAAUUGGAUAGAAAUAACAAAAAGAGUUUUGAAACAAUUAGACUGCACUCCCCGAGAGAGUCUGAUAUGUGCUGUAUCACUGUUACAAGGAGAAGCGUAUCUUUGGUGGGAAUCUGUGGUUAGACAUUUGCCGGAUGAUCAGGGGAAUAUGUCAGUACUGGAUUAUGAGCGAGAGUUCUCUAGAUUGAGCAGGUAUGCUUUAGAAUAUGUUCCAACCGAGGCUGAUCGUUGUAAACAAUUUCUACGGGGACUGCAUGAUGAAAUCAAGAUUUAA